CUGAGAGCAGCUGCAACUGUGAGUGAAAUGCUCCCACUUUCUCUCCUCCAGCAUCAUCCCUCCAUCGUCUCCUCGUCGCUCUCCAACUAACUCCAGGCCCUUCUGAAGGAGGGAAAAAUGGUUCUCCUACUUUGCAUGGCUGUGGUUCUUGUAGGAACUUCAGAAGCAGGUCCAACAGCGGUGGAUGAAGCUUCUUUCUGGAUAGAAACUCCAUCAGAUGGUCUUCUAUCUACACCAGCCAUCCAGUCUGCUCCAGCAUUGAGAAACAGCAGGAGUGAAGAUGUGAAAAUGGAAGAUUCUUCAAUUUCACACCUUGAGAAGCACCACAGAAGAGUUCCGAGGGGUUCUAAGGAUCGAAAACUGAAGCAAAAAGAGCAUCAGGUGCUUCAUACCCAGAGGCACCCAAGACCCUUUGACCCUGAAGGUUACUUCACCACUCCGAGGGUCUUCAACGGGUCACUCCUCAUCCACAACCCGCUGUACCCGGUGACGGACGACUCCUACAGCGCCUACGCAGUCAUGCUGCUGUCUCUGGUGGUCUUCGCGGUGGGUGUGGUGGGUAACCUGGCGGUCAUGUGCAUCGUCUGGCACAACUACUACCUGAAGAACACCUGGAACUGCGUCCUGGCCAGCAUGGCAUUCUGGGACUUUGUGGUGCUCUUCUUCUGCCUGCCUGUGGUCAUCUUUAACGAGCUGACCAAGAGGAGGCUGAUGGGAGACCUGUCCUGCCGAGUCGUGCCGUACCUGGAGGUGACGUCUCUAGGUGUCUUCACCUUCAGCCUGUGUGCUCUGAGCAUUGACCGCUUCCACAGGCUGACCGGCGCCCCCUCCAGGCCGCAGCAGCAGCAGGUGGAGUCGUGCGGCUCCAUCGUCGCUAAGCUCUCCGUGGUUUGGUUCGGCUCUCUGCUUCUAGCUACUCCAGAGCUGCUUCUGUGGCAGAUGGACACAGAAACUUCGCCCGUUUCCGGUCUGCCGAUGGACUCCUGCGCCCGCCGGCCAUCUGCAUCGCUGCCCGAGGCUAUUUAUUCUCUGGUUUUGACCUACCAUGAGGCUCGCAUGUGGUGGACCUUCGGCUGCUUCUUCUGCCUGCCUCUGCUUUUUUCUCUGGGUUGCCGGCUGCUUACGAGCCACAUGGUCGAAGAAUCCGCGAGACAGACCCGCCCUUCAUCGUCUUCGUCCUCUUCGUCCUCUUCAUCCUCACUGAAGAAGAAGAAACGAGGUCAGGAGGAUCAGCUAAGCCGCAUGCUAACCAUGCUAAUGGCCGUUUACGGCUUAUGCGGCCUGCCUGAACACGCGUGGAACAUAGGCCUUGCCUACGCUAACCUGGAGGUCAGUAAGGCCACGCUGGCCCUCUUAUCUCUGAUUGGUCAGUUUCUGAUGUUUGCGCAAGCUGCAGCCACGCCCAUGCUAAUUCUCCUAGCCAGCCGCUCGCUAGGCCGAAGCUUCGUGGACUGCUGCUGCUGCUGCUGUGAAGAGUGUCUGCCGGACCGAGCUUCGUCAUCAUCAUCGUCGUCGUCUUCGUCCACCACAGCGACCGCCAUGUCCUCCUCUCCUUCCUCCCCGGUUUCGGUGAACGAAGAGAAGCUGCAGAUUGUUUCUGGAACGACGCCAGCCUCCGUUUUCUUCGAUAAAGUAAAGGACGGCUCUGCGGAGAUGGCCAUAGGGACUCCAUGCUGAGCGGCCCAAAAAAGGUCAACACAUAA